UCUCUCUCUCUCUCUCUCUCUCUCUCGUCCUUUAACGCGUUCACGCGUAAAUGGGUGGCGACUAUAUAACCUCCGUCGUCUCCUCCAUCUCCUUCAGCAGGUGCAGACGAAAACUUUCUUGCCUGUUCCCUGCAUCUGUUUCUAGACCCUGUUCUUCGUUUUCAGGGAAAUAACCAAAUAGGAAAUAGAACAAUAUCCAGUUUGUUUUCUUUCAAAUUCGUUCCGACAAAAACGAAUUACAGCUUGUAUAAUUACGGAUAUAUCUGAAAUUCAAUCCAGAGAUUAUCUCUUUAUAGAUACCCAAUCGAUUAUAAAGAUGCCGCAAUUGGAUGAACAACUGUUUCCAUCAACCCCAGGUAAAAUUAAGAUCGAGCGUGCCCAUCAUCAUUACACGAUGAACAGAGCGGUUCACCGGUGUUUCACCUCUACCAGCACGAUAUUUCUCUGGGCUUUGUUUUUGGUAGCUCUAAUGGCGUCGUAUAUGAGCAUCCAAAGCUUCGUUGAUUCCGGUAGCAGGUACCUCCACCACACAACGUCGCGAGGUCACGGUGGCAUUGGUGGUCUCCUUUGGGAGAAACAAAUCCGUUCAUCUGCUCAGAUCCGUCGUUCUAAUGGUAUAUCCGUUCUCGUUACCGGCGCAGCCGGUUUCGUCGGAACACACGUCUCCCUGGCGUUGAAGAAACGCGGCGACGGCGUUGUUGGUGUUGAUAACUUCAACGACUAUUACGACCCAUCGUUGAAAAAGGCACGACGUGGUCUUCUAGAUUCACACAACGUCUUCGUCGUGGAGGGUGAUAUCAACGACCGGCAACUUUUAGCGAAACUCUUCGACGUGGUGGCGUUUACCCACGUCAUGCACUUGGCUGCGCAGGCCGGAGUCAGAUACGCCAUGGAAAACCCACACUCAUACGUCCACAGCAACGUCGCCGGCCUGGUUACGCUUCUUGAACAAUGCAAGUCAGCCGACCCACAACCCGCCGUCGUAUGGGCCAGCUCCAGCUCCGUCUACGGGUUAAACGAUAAGUCGCCAUUUUCCGAAUCCGACCGGACCGACCAACCGGCGUCUCUCUACGCCGCCACAAAAAAAGCCGGUGAAGCGAUUACACAUACAUACAACCAUAUUUACGGGUUAUCAAUCACCGGACUGAGGUUUUUCACUGUUUAUGGCCCGUGGGGACGACCAGACAUGGCAUAUUUCUCUUUCACCCGGAAUAUUCUACAGGGGAAACCGAUAACUGUCUACAGAGGAAAAAAUCGGGUCGAUUUGGCCCGGGAUUUUACAUAUAUUGAUGAUAUUGUGAAAGGUUGUGUGGCGUCGUUGGAUACAUCUGGUAAGAGUACCGGGUCGGGUGGGAAGAAGAGAGGAGCAGCGCCGUACCGGAUAUUUAAUCUUGGAAACACGUCGCCAGUGACGGUGCCGACGUUGGUGAGUAUACUGGAGAAGAAUUUGAAGAAGAAGGCGAAGAAGUACGUGUUGGAGAUGCCUGGAAACGGCGACGUUCCGUUCACACAUGCAAAUAUCAGUUUGGCCCGAAGGAAACUCGGGUAUAAACCGACAACCGAUUUGCCAACCGGGUUGAGAAAAUUUGUUAAAUGGUAUUUAUCGUAUUAUGGCUACGAUCAAGGAAAGCCUGUAAAUUUUAAAUAGCUUUUAUUAUCUUUGAAAUUAGAAUAUUUUGUCAAUUAUUUUUCCUUUUUAUUAGCUUUUUAGGGAAAAGAAAGAAAAGAGAGAUAUUUGUUUUAUUUUCAACAAAGGUGAAAGAGAAAUCUUAUCCUGGUUAAAUUUUGUUUUUUCUUUGUAUCUUAUAAUUAAUGAAGUAUGAAAUGGUGUUUUUCAUCUUUAA